GCCGUACCGGGUGGGGAAGGCUGCCGUACAGGUUUAUCAGUGUAGCUAAACCUUGGCGGCCUGUAGUCUUGUGAAAGCUGAGAAGCAAAGGGCUGCACUUUAGGACCGCGAGACGCGGGGCACGAUUUUUCCAGGAUCUGGUGCUAACUAGUAGCAGCUAGGUGGCUAAUGGCUAGUAGCAGCAGGUAGGAAACAUAGAAGGAGCAGAAACACAGAAACGUGUUUACUCCACAUGCUAUAGAUGCACCGGAAAACAACUCUGCUUGUAAGGCACACUUCGACAUGUCAUCAUUUACCAAACUAGCUAACUGACAUGCAACCAAAAGUAUACUAACUUUGCUAACGUUAGCUAUCUAAAUUACCAACCGUAUAGAGAUUAUCCUGUUGCUUUUCAGGCUGAGUUUCGAAUAAGGAAAAAGCUAGGUUAGCAGCUGCCCAGCUCACUGCAGGUUAGUGCAUAAUUUGACAAAAGUCGUUUAGUGUAGUUACUUAAAUGGCUCCUAAAAGAAGACCCGUUCCCCUGAACAUAACACCCAUUGGAGAGGGACAGGCCACUUCUAACACCAUUGAUGCUGCCUCUGAAGCCAACCUGGAGGCCUUACAAAAGAAACUUGGUGAGUUGGACCUGGAUGAACAACAGAGGAAACGACUGGAAGCCUUUCUCACCCAGAAAGCUCAGGUUGGAGAGCUGAAGGAUGAGGACUUUGACCCCAUAUGUGAGUUGGGUGCAGGAAACGGAGGAGUGGUCAACAAGGUCUGCCACAAACCCUCGGGUUUGGUCAUGGCCCGAAAGUUGAUUCACUUAGAAAUCAAGCCUGCCAUCAGGAACCAGAUUAUCAGAGAGCUGCAGGUGCUGCAUGAAUGCAACUCCCCCUACAUUGUGGGCUUCUAUGGGGCCUUUUACAGCGAUGGGGAGAUCAGCAUCUGUAUGGAGCACAUGGACGGUGGCUCCUUGGACCAGGUCCUGAAGGAAGCCAGAAGAAUCCCAGAAGAAAUUCUGGGAAAAGUUAGCAUAGCUGUAUUGAGGGGCUUAGCCUAUCUACGUGAGAAGCACCAGAUCAUGCACAGAGAUGUCAAGCCCUCUAACAUCCUGGUCAACUCUCGUGGGGAGAUCAAGCUGUGUGACUUCGGUGUCAGUGGCCAGCUCAUAGAUUCCAUGGCCAACUCCUUUGUUGGAACGCGCUCCUACAUGUCACCGGAGAGACUGCAGGGCACUCACUACUCUGUUCAGUCUGACGUGUGGAGCAUGGGUCUGUCUCUGGUGGAGCUGGCGAUUGGCCGCUACCCCAUCCCCCCUCCAGACGCCAAAGAGCUAGAGGCCAUCUUUGGACGGGCCGUUAUGGACGGGGGUGAGGGAGAGUCGCACACCAGCAUGCAGAGGCCCAGACCGCCAGGCAGGCCUGUAAGCGGACAUGGGAUGGACAGUAGACCUGCCAUGGCCAUCUUUGAACUUUUGGACUACAUUGUGAAUGAGCCACCUCCCAAACUACCGCAUGGCGUCUUCACAAAUGACUUUCAGGACUUCGUGACAAAAUGUUUGAUCAAAAACCCAGCUGAGAGGGCAGAUCUGAAGAUGCUAAUGAGUCACACUUUCAUCAAACGAUCAGAAGUAGAGGAAGUGGACUUUGCAGGCUGGUUGUGCAAAACCAUGGGCCUCAACCAGCCCAGUACUCCAACCCGCAGCACUGAGUGAACAGGGCCCCGUUGCCUCGACACACUUCUGGGUCUUGCUUGCAUACACAUACUUUUACUGUACAUACACACGCAAGCCAUCACACAUGUUGGCACUUUUUCAUCUUGCUCUUAAGUAAAAGAGUUCCCCCCGUUUCUUCACCAACAGCAGGGCCCAUUGAGUUACUGUACUGUACAACCACAGGUUCACCAACCCAGUGUCAAGAGUAGCCAAAGUCCACGUUUUCACACUGCUACAGAGGAUGUAAAGCACUGAAGGGGCUGCCAGUGUGUCAGCUUUACAUUGAUUGUCAAACUUCUGUAUUGUUGAGUAUUAUGUUUGUCUUUUCUAUGGCAGCAGUUGAUGGCUUGUGGGACUGUAUCGUAGUAAAUUUUAGAGAUAUAUCCUGCUUAGGGAAAUCAGAUGUUUUGCAUUCACAUCUUCUCUAAAUUAGUUUUAUUGAAGGUGAAUGCAUUUUAUUGAAAAUCUCUUUGUCAGCUAUAUUCAUCUUGCAGUUGCCUCCAAUAUAAUCAGAUGGGUGAGCAGAGUGCAAGGAAAUUGACUUGAGGAGUCGUCAUUACUUUUUGGUAAAAGAGCAAUCACUUUGUGAACAAUGUCACAAACCAAAGAGGGUAUUCAUGACUACUAAAGUUUCUCAAUGACUGAUCAGUUUUUGUAUGCACACACAUGAACGGUAUAGCCUUGCACUUUGAAUGUCCUUAUUUUUUUCCAUUCAGUAAUCCACACUUUAUGUUGACGUUUUCUUCAACAUUCAUUUCAGUUCACAUCCCUCACUGUUUCACACAGGAGGAGGCAUAUGCUGUGGAGGCCUGAUAUAUGCCAGAAUCUUUUCAAUUGAGGAAAACAAUCAAAAUGUAUUCAUGGGAUGAUAUAGCAUGGUUUAUCUUUCUGAUGCUGUAUGUGUGUUUCAUGUCCCAAGAUCAUGAUGGGGAUGAUUAUCUUGAGUAAUUUAACCCCCCCCUUCUUCUCGGUCUGUACUUUCCCCUGAAGUAUAUUUGGUUGUUUUCACUGUACUACUAUGUGUGGCGAUCCAAGCAUUCUUUUGGGACACAACCAAUCUAGAGGCCUGCUUUUGGAAAAACCUGGGUUGAAAUACUAUUGAGAAGCUUUUCCUUGUGAUUUAACCCAGUUAAUUAUGGUAAGCGUACAAGCCCUUUUCAAGUGGCAGUUCAAGUAGUACAUGGAGUUUGCAAAAUUUUAAUCCGGGUCACUGUAGGUCACAUGGUGGUGGUGGUGGUGGUGGUGUUACUUGCUAGCCUGCUGUCUUGCUAGAGCUCUUGUAUUCUCUCUGCUUAUGGCUGUUCUUUCUUAUUUCCCCCCAAAAUGUGCAUCCGUUCAGAGCAAAAUGGAUGCGUCCUCACUUUUGUGUACAAAGCUAUAAACAAAAAUUACAGGAGUACUAUUUUGCAGUCUUAAUUUACAAAAGUGAUUUAUGUAAAAGACAAGGGAAGAAAAGUCGUUAUAACAUAAAAUGUGUUGGAUAUGGUUAUAAUGUAUAAAAACUUUAAAAUAAAACCUAUUUGUGAAUGUACUUUUAAGUUAUUCAUGUGAUCGCUGUUGAUAUCCAAUGUUAUACAUGACUCGAAUAAACAAAGUGCACAUUUAUUAGAAAGGUGUGCCACUAUAUACACA